AUGGCACGGCGGCUCCAGGACGAGCUGGCCGCCUUCUUCUUCGAGUACGACACCCCCCGCAUGGUGCUCGUGCGCAACAAAAAGGUGGGCGUCGUCUUCCGCCUCAUCCAGCUCCUGGUCCUGGCCUACGUCGUGGGGUGGGUGUUUGUCUACGAGAAAGGCUACCAGACCUCGAGCGGCCUCAUCAGCAGCGUGUCUGUGAAGCUCAAGGGCCUGGCCGUGACCCAGCUCGGGGACGUCGGAGCCCAGGUCUGGGACGUGGCCGACUACGUCUUCCCGGCCCAGGGGGACAGCUCCUUCGUGGUCAUGACCAAUUUCAUCGUCACGCUCCGGCAGACUCAGCGGCACUGUGCAGAACACCCAGAAGGGGGUACGUGCAGGGAUGACAGCGGCUGCACCCCUGGCAAGGCAGAGAGGAAGGCCCAAGGCAUCCGCUCAGGCAAGUGUGUGGCCUUCAACGACAGCGUGCGGACGUGUGAGAUCUUCGGCUGGUGCCCCGUGGAGGUAGACGACCAUGUCCCCAGCCCUGCCCUUCUCCGAGAGGCUGAGAACUUCACUCUCUUCAUCAAGAACAGCAUCAGCUUUCCACGCUUCAAGGUCAACAGGCGCAACCUGGUGGAGGAGGUGAAUGCCAGCUACAUGAAGACCUGCCUGUACCACAAGACUGCGCACCCUCUGUGCCCUGUCUUCCAGCUCGGUUACGUGGUACAAGAGUCAGGCCAGAACUUCAGCAGCCUGGCUGAGAAGGGUGGAGCAGUCGGCAUCACCAUCGACUGGAACUGUGACCUGGACUGGCAUGUGCGGCACUGCAAACCUAUCUACGCCUUCCAUGGGUUGUAUGCGGAGAAAAAUCUGUCCCCUGGCUUCAACUUCAGGUUUGCCAGGCACUUCGUGGAGAACGGGACCAACUACCGUCACCUCUUCAAGGUGUUCGGGAUUCGCUUUGACAUCCUGGUGAAUGGCAAGGCCGGGAAGUUUGACAUCAUCCCCACCAUGACCACCAUUGGCUCUGGGAUUGGCAUCUUCGGGGUGGCCACGGUCCUCUGUGACCUGCUGCUGCUCCACAUCCUGCCCAAGAGGCACUACUACAAGCAGAAGAAGUUCAAGUACGCAGAGGACAUGGGCCCAGGGGCGGGUGAGCGGGACCCCGCGGCCACCAGCUCCACCCUGGUCUUGCAGGAGAACAUGAAGACGUCCUGACCCUCCAGAGAGAUGCAGCGCGA